GCUUGGAGCCGGCGGGCAGCAUCGAUUGCUUGGGCGAAUUGCAUGAAGCUCGUCGCCUCAGUUGUCAACGUCAAUUGACUGCGACGCCGCCCACCUUGGGAUUCCACAUCCACCACCAGCCACCAUGGCCUCCCUGCCGACUCUCGUGCGGGCGACGGCCCCCAAGAUUGCGAGAAGCGCACUGCAGCGCCGGGCCAUUCAUUCCGACGUGCACAUCACGCGCACCGGCAAGCCUAUUCUCCGGACCGCCGGCGGCCGCUCCUCCCUCGGUGGGCACACCGCUACCGUCUUCGGCGCCACCGGCCAGCUCGGUCGUUACAUCGUCAACCGGCUAGCGAGACAAGGAUGCACCGUCGUUGUGCCGUAUCGGGAGGAGAUGGCCAAGCGCCAUCUCAAGGUGACCGGCGAUUUGGGCCGUGUUGUGUUCAUGGAAUACGACCUCCAUAACACCCAGUCGAUCGAGGAGAGCGUGAGGCACUCGGACGUCGUCUACAACUUGAUCGGCCGAAACUAUCCCACCAAGAACUUCUCCCUCGCGGACGUGCACAUCGAGGGUACCGAGCGCAUCGCAGAAGCCGUUGCUAAGUACAACGUUGACCGGUUCAUCCAUGUCUCGUCGUACAAUGCCAACCCCCAGUCGGCUUCCGAGUUCUAUGCGACCAAGGGCUACGGUGAGAAGAUGGCGCGGGAUAUCUUCCCCGAAACCACGAUUGUCAGGCCGGCCCCGAUGUUCGGCUUUGAGGACAAGCUGCUGCUCAGGCUGGCCAGCAUCACGAACCUUUUCACGGCAAACAACAUGCAGGAGACGUACUGGCCCGUGCACGUCAUCGACGUCGGGGAGGCGCUGGAGAAGAUAAUGUUUGACGACAACACGGCGUCCCAGACCUUCGAGCUGUAUGGCCCGCGGCAAUACUCGACCGCCGAGAUUGCCGAGUUGGUCGACCGCGAAAUCUACAAGAAGCGCCGACAUAUCAACAUGCCCAAGGCGCUCCUGAAGCCGGCGGCGGGGUUGUUGAACCGCUUCAUCUGGUGGGAUAUCAUGUCCGCCGACGAGGUUGAGCGCGAGUUCCACGAUCAAGUCAUCGACGAGACGGCCAAAACGUUCAAGGACCUCGGCAUGGAGCCCAGCGACAUCAGCAAGUGGACUUAUCAUUAUCUGAAGGGCUUCCGUUCGUCGGCAUACUACGAUCUGCCGCCCGCGACCGAGAGGGAAAUGCGGGAGGAGAAGAAGUACAUCCACGUGCUUGACGACCAGUAAAAAGGGGCAGCUGGGCGGGUUAAGGUCGAGGCGGCAGGCUGAACACCGUAGAGUGUAUAUACACGUCGUAACUAGACGUUAUUCCCUUUAGUUCGAGAGUCCAUGAGAAUGGUUUGAAAGUCGCGCGCACGUCGUCGUGGUUGCGGCCGCCUUGUCUUCCCGAGUGUGCACGAGCUUUCUGCUUAUUCCU